AUGAAACCGUCCAAGAAACAGGCCGACGGCCCCGCCUCGCGAGUGGGCUCCUUCAUGGGCCUGCGCAGAGGGUCCAAGACGGUGGACCAGGGCUCUGUCAGCUCGCCAACAGGCACGCUGUCGCGGAUGAACACCAACGCGUCCAUGUACUCGAUCAACGAGUCGCCCACGAAGAACGGGCUUUUCUCGCGCACAAAGACCCUCCCGGCGUCCGACGCCAGCAGCAUCGAGUCGCCGCUGUCGCGGAUGACGACCAACACCAGCAUUGGCGGGCCGUCCACCACUUCCGUGUACUCUUUGCCCUCAUCCCAUACCAAAAAGCUAAGCAGUGCAAAUUUCAAGAAAGCUCACCGACAUACCAUUUCGGACGACUUCGAGCUCGAGCCGCCGGAAUCCGAAGAGGAGAUCGAGGUCAUGUUCAAGGAGGUGAUGAUUUCCAGAGACUUCAACAGUCUGCCGGAAAAGGCACGCAAAGAGAUGGAAAACUACCCUGUGGACCGAAAGUGGAUGCUUAUCCGACAGCACAAGCUAGCCGAGUACAAGAAACAGCGCAUGAUGCAGCAGCAGCAGCAGCAGCACUCGGCCGUCCCCAGCCGAAGCGUCUCCACGGCCAGCACCGUCGUGACAGAACGGUCCACUCCUUCUGCCGGAAAGGCGUUUGACGCGCAGUUUUACGUGGUGCAACUGAUCGGAAACAAGAUCACUAACGACCAGCUCAAGGAGCUAGACAUCUGUUUGAGCUCGGAAGAACUGCACUGGACCGAGCAGUUCCUCAAUCUGCAGGGAGCAGUGGCUCUUUGCAACGUGCUGAUGCAGCUGUACAAGACCAAGCCGCUCGUCAGGUCACAGGGCGUGCCCAACCGCCAUCAGCCGCCAUCUCCCGCACAGAUCCUCUUCACCAACCCUGCAGAGGACUACGAGACCGUGCUCGACAAGGAGACCAAGCUGUUCCGUUGCAUCAAGGUAAUAGCCGACCUCACUAUCGGAAUCGACCAUCUGCGCAAGAUAGACAUAUUCAUACCCGCCAUUCUGGGCGGCCUCUAUUCGACGCGGCCGCAGGUCCGUAAGUGGGCCACCGACAUCAUCACAUACUUCUACCACAAGACCAACUGCAGUCCGCUAAUAUACAAAACCAUUCACAAGCCCGUCAACGACAACGUCCAUCUGGCGUACAUCAAGGAGCUCUACGUCUCGCGGCCCAAUCUGCUCGACCGCAAGUCGCAGUAUAUCCUGUCGAACGCUGAGCGGGUUAAGAAGUACGAGGCGUGGUUUUGGGCCGUCAUCAGACUGUUUGAAGGGCGCGGCAAGAUGGGCAGCCGUGUAGGCUCCUACGACGAGUUCAAGCUCAGCGGGCCGAUCUCGAACAACUUCCUCAUUGAAUACGGACUCUCGACGCUCUUGUUGAUCAACACGCUUCUCCAGUACUCCAAAGACCUCGCAGAUAGGACCAAGCUGCGCCGGCUGUUUCAAGUUGCGGGUAUGACCGAGCUGUUUGAGCAUCUGCGGCCGUUGGAGAACGUGGACAUAGACCACAGUAUUGCCAACAUCGAGAGCUCGGAGCGCGCCGAUUUGCAAGAGCUUAAGCAGAUGGAGGAGUUCCAAAACAACAACAUCAACUUCAACGACCCGUUGUCGCUGUUUCAAGCGAUGCUUAACAAGGCCAAGGGCACCGAGGCUGAAGGAUAUUUGACGUCGAUGAUUCAGAAUAUGUUCAUCAGCCAGUCGUCGAAUUUGCACACGCUGGAUCCGCAGCAGGUGCACAGGAACUUGAAGCUCAUGGACACCUUUGUUUCGAACAUCACCAUGGCGUCCGGCGAAGACGACACAGACAUGAACAUAUCGAUCAACCGGCUGAUAGCGUCGUAUCGGACAGACGAGAUUGCACGGAAGGCCAUGAUCGAGGCGCGCGAGGCCAAGAAACGCGCGGAGGAGGCCGAGGCUGAGCGCGACAAUGCGUUGCAAAAGCUCAACGAGGGCUCUAAAGGUGUUAUUGAAAAACUCUACAGAGACAUAGCAGAAAGAGACACGAUUCUGGAUCGGCUGCGUGAAAAGCUUGAAGCCAAGGAGAACGAGGUCAGCGAGUUGCGCAGAUUGCGGGUUCUGGACAAGCACCAGCAGGAAACCGAGAUGCGCGAGAUGUUGCUUCUGCUGCAUAGCCAGCGGUUGCUCUCCAGCCCGCCAGACUCCUCGGAAACGGCGUCUUCGUCGCUCAAGACCGAAGGAUCGUCCACCGUGGAGGAGCUGCGCAAACGUCUCAAGUCGCAGGUAGACAAGAAUAAGGUGGAGGUCAAGAGAAUUGGCCAAUCUGGAGUGGAGCCGAACGCUCGACUACGUGAUUUGCGGUUUAAGAUGGACUUGUUGGAAAGAGAGGCCAGGGACCUGGAAAACACGGAGUUUGAGGACAUUUUGGCGGAGAGGCACGACACAAACAAGGUCGACGACGUCAAGACCCUUGGCGAGCUGCGGGCCAGACUCGAGUCGUUGCAGAACGAUGCAAACAAGGUGAUCAAGGUGCAGGCCAACCUAAGCACGCAGGAAAAGCUCGAAAGACGCAAAAUGGAGGCGCUGGACAGACUUCAACGGCUAGAGAAAACAAUGCAGGAGCUGAAGAUCAAGGAGUUGGAGGAGAUCGACUCGGCAGACCGCCGCACACUGGAUCCAAAGCAACGUGCCGUCAAGAACGAGCGUGCGGAGAAGCUGAAGAGCGAGCUUGACGAGCUGGAGACCUUGUGCAACAAUCUACGGUUCCAGCUCAGUCUGACCGAUGAAGAGGUCGAUAAGGAGGCUCUUCUGCAGAAGUUUGAGGACCAGUACUCCAGAGGCAAAAAAGAGGUGCCAAAGGCGACGUUUGUCAGCUCUGCUCCACCAGUGUUGGUCGGUAACUCGGUGAAGAAGAUCGACACCACCUCGAUGAGACCAUUUUUGGGAGAGUUGGAGAGAACCGUGGGCAAGUCUCCUGCUCUUGACGAGAAGGAGAAUACAGAGCCAUCCGAGAAGCCUGUGGAGAAAAAAGUAAGUAAGGAAGAGUCUCCUAAGAAGGAGGCUCCAGCACCUGUUGAAUCUUCGGUGCCGCCUCCUCCGCCUCCACCACCGCUUCCUUCCUCUGCAGGCUCGCAAGGAGUUCCUCCGCCGCCUCCGCCUCCUCCUCCGCUUCCAUCUGCUGGCACGAGCAUGCCACCUCCGCCGCCUCCGCUUCCUUCUGCAGGGCAAAAGCCAGUUGCGUCGCCAGAGAAGUCGCCAUUCCUUGCCCCAGGGCCAUUUGACAUGCUCCCUCGCCCGAAGAAGAAGCUCAAGCAGCUGCAUUGGGAGAAAAUCGACGACCCGGUUGGGUCGUUUUGGGCCAACAUGGGUUCAGAGGAGAUGGCAAAACAGCUUCUGGAAAAUGGCGUUUUUGACGAGAUCGAGGUGAUCUUUGCCGCCAAAGAAGCCAAGCGGAUUGCACGCAAGAAGAAAGAAGGCGCGCAGAAGGUUUCUUUCUUGAGCACAGACGUUUCGCAGCAGUUUGGAAUCUGUCUUCACUCGUUUUCUGGACUUGAUGACGAACAGGUGGUGGCAAAGAUUUUGCGGUGCGACAAGGACGUUCUGGACAAGAGUGCGCUGCUUGACUUCCUUGCCAAGCCGGAAUUGAACGAGAUAUCCAAUACGCUGGCCAAGAACUUUGAGCCGUACUCUACAGACUGGCAGAACGACAAGGAGGCUAAGCACGACAAGGACCCGAACGAGCUGGCCAGGGCCGACAGAAUAUAUUUGGAGCUGAUAUACAAUUUGCAGCAUUAUUGGAAGUCAAGAAUGCGCGCUUUGAACGCCAUUUUGAACUACGAGAAGGACUACGAGGAAUACGUCAAGAAACUGGAGAUGCUGGAAAAGGCUUUGGAGAGCCUUGAGAACUCCAAGACCUUACGAAAAGUCUUCGACAUCAUUUUGAUUGUCGGCAAUUACAUGAAUGACAAGUCCAAGCAGGCACAUGGGUUCAAGCUGAGCACGUUGCAGCGACUCAGUUUCCUGAAGGACCACAAAAACCUAAUUUCAUUUUUGCACUAUGUGGAAAAAGUAAUCAGAGAAAACUACCCAGAGCUGAUCUCGUUUGUGGACGAUCUGAAGCCCGCGAUUGAUGCAGCCAACAUCUCUGUCGAGCAGCUGAAGAACGAUUGUCAGAUGUUUACUCAGUCGAUCCGCAACAUCGACGCGUCGUUGCAAGACGGUAACUUGAGCGAUCCGUCAAAAUUCCAUCCAAUGGACAAGUUCUUGCACGUUGUUUUCCGCGGUCUGCCGAAUGCGCGUACCAAGGCCGAGCUGCUUAGCGACCGCUCAAAACUUGUGAUGGAAAAGUUUGACUCGAUGAUGCGCUAUUUCGGCGAGGAUCCAAACAGCGAUGAGUUUGUGCGCAACUCGUUCCUCAAGAAAUUCAGCGAGUUCGCUGAAAACUUCGAGCGUGCCUCGAAGGAAAACAAGGAGCUCGAGGAACGCAACAAGAAGUAUGAGAUGAGCAAGAAACGGUUUGAGGAAAGCAAGAAGGAGAAGGAGAAACAGCAGGAGGCGCCGAAAAUCAACUCAGACAUGGACAAGUUCCUCCAGCAGCUGCGACAGACGGGCCCGUUGCGGUCGGAGCCUACCUCCGCGAAAAUCAAGCAAUGGGCCAAAAAACACACUGCACAGUCUGCUUCCGCUCUGGAGUCGCCCACCAAGACGUCUGAGCAGGACGACGAGGAUGAUCUGCGGUCGAAGACCCACGAUCUGCUGAUGAAGCUGACGCAGCAGUCGGGCGAGGAUUCCAGUCCACCGCUGUCGAGCUCAUCCUCGGGAGUGAAUUUACACUCGGGAAACGGCUCAGAGCUCAAGCUGAGCGAGAAGAUGAAGAAAAGGUUGCAACAGAGCUCGCGCACGUCCUCCGUCACGUCGCUCGACUUUGACUCCGUUUCGCGCUCCGAGUCUUUCAAGACCAGCCGCUCGCGCCUGGACCUGGCAAGCCAGGCCCUCAGCAACCCGUUGGCAGAGCAAGAAACUAAUGCCAUGUCGCCUAAUCCGCUGAUCGAGGAUAAGGAGGAGGAAGAAGAGGCAGAAAGGGAGGAUAGAGUCGACGACAAAUUUAUUAACGGUUCCGUGCAUGACGAGGCGUCGGAAACGUUCGAGUCUCCGGAUGAGUUCCAGGACGCCAGCGAACACUGA